AUGGACUUGAAUGCAUCCCCUGAACCGGAAGAGGACGAUGUGUUUCCUGAGCCACAAUCAGAAGAGGAAAAUGUACGAUAUGAACAUGCAGACUACAACGAGCAUGUGGAUCGUGGCGAGAGUGCAGUUCAGAUUUCACGCAGGGAGCGUGAAGAAAGGAUGCAACGGAUACGAAGACAGCGUCCUGAUGAGAAACUAGCCUAUGGAUAUCAGUCAAGUCAGCGAGAUGUUGUGUAUCAAGUAAAGAGGCAGAGACCUAAUAGUAGACUUCCGCCAGGUUGGUUAGACUGCCCUGCUGUUGGACAAGAAAUAGGUUUGUUGGUACCCUCGAAAGUUCCUUUAGGUGAUUCCUACAAUGACGAUAUUCCUCCUGGUAGAAGAUACUCUUUCAGGCAGGCAAGAGGACCUCAGAAUUUCCCUGGCUCACAUCCAGUUUCUCUUAACAGAGACAACUUACAAUUGUUAAGGCAACGUUACUACUAUGCAACAUGGAAAGCUGAUGGAACGAGAUAUAUGAUGCUAAUCACCAUGGAUGGUUGUUACUUGAUAGAUAGGCAUUUUACUUUCCGGAGGGUCCAGAUGCGAUUUCCUUGCAGGCAUGCUGCUAAUGAAAAGGGAAUGACUGAGAAAACGUUUCAUCAUUAUACUUUACUUGAUGGGGAGAUGAUAAUUGACACCAUGCCUGAUUCACAGAAGCAAGAAAGAAGAUACUUGAUCUACGAUAUGAUGGCCAUUAAUCAAAUUCCCAUUGUUGAGCGACCAUUUUACGAACGUUGGAAAAUGCUGGAGAAGGAAGUGAUUGAACCUCGUAAUCUUGAGAGACAACAUAUAUAUCAGAGCCAAAACCCUUAUUACAGAUAUGAUUUGGAACCAUUCAGGGUACGAAGGAAAGAUUUUUGGCUGCUUUCCACCGUUACAAAACUCUUGAAAGGAUUUAUUCCAAAGCUUUCACAUGAUGCUGAUGGUCUUGUUUUUCAGGGUUGGGAUGAUGCUUACGUUCCAAGGACACAUGAAGGCCUUUUAAAAUGGAAAUACCCAGAAAUGAAUUCAGUGGACUUUCUUUUUGAGGCGGUCGAUGAUCAUCAAUUACUUUAUCUGUUUGAGCGAGGAAAGAAGAAAUUAAUGGAUGGGAGGGUCGUGUUCCCUGAUGGGAAUGACCCGUCAACUUAUUCGGGGAAGAUUAUAGAGUGUUCAUGGGAUUCUGAAGAAAGCGUAUGGGUGUGUAUGAGGGUUAGGAUAGACAAAGGUACCCCUAACGAAUUCAACACUUACAAGAAGGUUAUGAGGAGUAUAAAGGACAAUAUCACAGAAGAAGUGUUGCUGAACGAGAUAAACGAGAUCAUACGCCUGCCGAUGUAUGCGGACAGGAUACAGAACGAGAGCAAAGCCCAUCAACACCAUUCAUCACGUCGUAGGUGA